AUGUCGAGGCGCGUUCGCGCCCCUCCUCGCCCCCGCUGCGGGGCACGCGCGGCGCGCCAGGAUCCCCCGAGCGUGUGGUGGGAGCGCAGCCCGUCGUCCGGGAACAUGCUCCCCAAGGUUCGACCUUUGACUUCACCGCCCCGUCCAGCCUCGUCCAGCCCUUUCGCGCUCGCGCUUGCGCCACGCUUCUUGCUUCGGACAAUACAGCGGAAAUGGAUCGCACCUUUGCGUUUGUCGACGGUCCGGGGAGCGCAUGCGCAGGGCGUGAUAUGUAUAUCCGCGUCGUUGCCGUCACCGCUACUGUCCAGGUGUGUUAUUGUUGUAGAUACGUCGCUCUAG